GAGCGACCCUUUCCCUAGCAACGCACCAUGAGCCCUGGGACCCGAGAGAACAAACUUUUAGCACUCUUAUGCUUUGUUUCUCAUUUCUUAGCUAAAUAAACUUAACAUUGUAUAGAUUACAGACAUGCUGCUGCAUCUGGGCUACAUACCAGUUACGGGUAAACACUAACUUAGCUACGCACCAUUUUAUGCUGAGACCUGACGUUAUUCUUUAUUGAAGACCUAAAAACAAAUCGAUGUUCGCUAAUAUUUAGCACAAGGAGCAGCUAAAAGCACAAGUCAACGCCACAUAGCCACCAGCAAAAAGGAAUUUGCAGAGUCCUGUGUAUGAAGUUGCAGAGAUGGUGGCCCCAGGAGAGGAGACGAGAUCAGCAGCAGUAGUCUUCCCCAGUCCUGCCCUGAGGCUGCUGUCUCAAGAGAGUGGGACAUCAAAUGGGAGGACACCUGGAAAGCAUCAUUUGUUGCGGGAUGUAAAACAAGCUAUGGGCAAGGUAAAACACUCAAAGAACAAGCACCAUGUGUUCACUCAUGGACUCCAUCGCCUGCAGCAUUUCUCCUGUGACAGCCCUGUGCGUUUCAUGAUGUAUUCUGAAGCUGCUGCUGCAUUCAUUAGCCUCCAUUCAGACAACACAGUUUGCCUUUACAAAGCUGAUGGCCGCAAGCAGACUUCCUUAGCACACCUCCCUUUCAUGGGCCUCACCGCCACAAAGAUCUCUGGCUGUCUGGUGGGUUGGGGCCCAGGGCCUGUCUUCACACUUCUGGACAGCGAGUUACGCUGCCUGGAUACCGCUCGCGAUGCCCUGGACAUACGCGCGUGUCAGGUCGCAGAACACUCCACAGAGUUGGUGACUGCAGGUGUGGGGAACGUGUGCGUGUGGUCGGUGUUGCUCAUGAGGUGUAAGGUGAAGAUACAGGAGGGGCUACAGCUCAACACUUUCAACCAAAUGGCAUUGGCUCCCCCACGUUCUGACAGACCACACAGAGCCUUCGUUGUGUGCGGGCGGGUCGUGACAGUGGUUGACCUCGACGCCGGGAAGGUUUUAGAGCACAAGAACGAUCUCUGCUCACGAGAUAUCACUGCAAUGGUGUACUGCACCCAACUGGAUUGUUUGAUCACUGCAUCUCAUGAGCUCUCCAUUAGGAUAUGGAGUCCAGAUUGGGAACUACGUGUGGCUUUUGUUGGACAUAAUGGUGUGGUUAACUCACUGUUCUACUGUCCCGCAUUAAACAUGCUGUUAUCAGCCUCUGUGGAUUGUACGAUCUGUUGCUGGAACGUGGAAGAGGGUGAUGUGAUCGAGUGUGUCCACACAGAGCAGGAAAACCCUCCUGUGUGCAUAGGAGGCACUAGAAAGGGAGACUCUUUCUACUCCUUCUCUCACCAGGGAGUUGAUUUCUGGACCAUCAGAUCCUUGUACACCCUCCACUGUAAACUAGGGGACGAAGGAGCCCCACUGAGACAAAUCCUAGUUUCGCCGUUCCCUGCUCCAUUCCCUACACGAGUCCUCUGCGUCAGCGGGGACAGAGAUAUCGUGCUUGUGGCUGCAGAAACAGGAGCAGUGUUGACUUCUUUUGAGGCAAAGGAGAGGAUUUUGUGUGCUGACUACUGCCUGCAAAAAGAGAUUCUGUUGGCUCUAACUGAGACAGGUACGGUGCUCCAAGCCAACACACUCACUAAUCCAAUCACUUUGAUGCAAGAGUGGAAGGGAAGAGGCCAGGGGCCCUGGCAGCAAAGGGACCAUGUGACUGAUGAUGAUGCCCAGAAUCUGCCGAUCCCUGGCCCAGCUUGCUGCCUGGUACUCUAUAGUUAUGUGGCUGAGAAACAGAGAGCUUUAGAGGAGUGGAGGCGGUUGCAGGAGAGAAGAGGAUGCAGUCUCAGGAACAAGGCAGCUCUUGAUGAUGCAAAGAAUAAGUUUUUGACCAUUCUCGGCCAAAGCGGAGGCUGUGUGAGUGUUCUGAAAUUGGAUAACGGGACAGUCUUGUACAGGAUACCAGCACACAACGGCCAGAGAGUCACCACAAUGCAGGUGUACCCUGAGAACGGCUGCCUCCUCUCCACAGGUGAGGACAUGACAGUGGUGGUGUGGAGAGUAAACCCCUAUGUCCAGGAGUGUCUCAGCCAACAGUUCAGCCUGCACUGUGGUCAGCCUCAAGACUACCUGGCAGCGCUGGGGCCCCAGCUGGCCCUGACCUUUCAAGAGCCCAACAGUGGCAUCUACAACCUGCUGCACUUUAACCUACUCAACCAGAGCCAGACCGAGCACUCACACAAGGAAGGACAUUUAGACCACUUCACAGGGUUGUGUGUGUGUCCUGAUCUGGAGGUGUUUGUCUCAAGCAGUCUAGAUGGGACAGUGUGUAUCUGGAAUGAGAAGAAUCACCUCAUCAGGACACUGCAGCUGAAUACAGUGCCUGAGUGUCUGGCUUACAGGGGGUUUGGAGGGGAACUGUUUCUGGGCAUCAGAGGGGACCUGUACAGGAUAAACUGCGCUAAGUUCCUGCCACACAACUACCAACAAAUGCUCCUAUACACUUACUGUGCGGAGCUCAUUCCAGACAUGCCUAUCAUCGUGAAUAAAAAAAGAAAUGUAAGAGCAGACAAAGACGAGGAAGAGGAAUUGCCAGAAGUGGGCAGCAGUUUAUUAUUGACUGAAGACAUGUGGAGACAGAAGGCGCAUGAGAGCUUAGUGACCUCAAACAUGGACCUAGCUGCACUCCUACAAGGCUCCGUAAAAUGCAAAAAAGGGAAGCCUCCCAGCACAAAGGAAACCAAGAAAGAGGCUUUUGAUCGCUACAUGAAGAUAAUAUACAGGUUGCCCUUCAAUAUUAAGAUGGAUUUUGAGGACACCUCUGACCUAGAUGAACUUUCAUUUUGUCCUGAGCCGUGUGACUACAAGCCUUAUUUCAACAAGCCCCGUAACCCUCCUACCUUAAAAGAGCACCCUGAAUCUGAUUCAAACAUUCCUGUGGAGGAAAAGAAGGAGAAAAAGGCUCCAGUAAAACCAAACCAAAGACAAAGAACCACAGAAACCAAACCAAAGACACCAUUGAAAUUCAACCCAUUGCCUGUUGCCAAAGACAUACCCAAGAAACCCAUAAUAGUGGAGAAAUAUGAAGAGCCUCUAGAGAUAAUUUGUCAGAUAGAGAAACCCACUCCAACUCCUACUACGCCACCUCGCUGUCCAAAGAUCCCAACACCAUCCCCGCCGCGGGAACCCACUCCUGAAGUGCCGACCUUCCUCAAACAGCUUGCAGAUUCCAGUUGGUUUAAAGACCUGUAUCCUGAUAAAAAGUGUAUCCCGAGUACGCUGUCUCCAGAGGACUUCUCACUGCAGCUGCUGGGAUAUCUAAACACUUCCAGUACUCCGUCUAAGCUUAAGACCCUCACUGCACUGCAUACACUGCACAGCCAGGGUCUCCUACAGAAUACAGACACGCUUUACCAAGGCCUCAUUGACUUGGUGCCCAAAUUUGUGAGACCUCGCAUGUCACCUGUGGAGCGGACGUUGCUUGUUGAAACGUUGAAUCUGUUGGUGCGUCUUAAAUCUGGCAACUAUGAGCUUGUGAAAAAGCUUCUCGCUCUUCUGGCUUUUAAAAAACUGGAUCUCCGAGAAAACGUUGUGCGCAUGCUGAGUGCAUUAGGUGUUAAUGAGGCUGAGCAGUGGUUGUUGCCAGAGGUGGGGAGCUGGGGCUUGGAGCUGAAGGACCAGUCUGACAUCUGGAAGAGCCUCCAUGACAGAGCAGAUUGUUGGCUGGAGUUAUGGAUCUCCAAAUACAAAGACCAUGACAGGUACAGGUUCCUUAGGAGUACAGCAAAGUGGGAGCCGUCAACCUUCAAAAUGGUGGAUGUGCUGAAUUAUUUCUGCUCUGUCCAAAAAGACGAGUACAGAAAAAGCAGAUGUGUUGCACCUGGUUGCAAAAACACAGUGAUUUUGCCCCUAAAUGACUGUAGUUCCCAACCAAUACUUCGUCUAGGAGAGACUUACACCAUGGCCAGGAUGUCCAGGCCACCGGGUAUAAUUCUGCCUCCCCUGAGAAACCGGCCGUUCCUCACACACUUUCCCAAUUUCAUCUCUUUGCCGUUAUCUCGUAUCACUUUGCGACCCUUUCACGUCUACUCAGAGGAGGACUGGGUGAAGGCCUCACCUCGCCGCUACUUCACUCUACAGCAGUCCUACGUGGAGUACUACAGAUGAUUGCUCUGUCUGUAAUACUCCUGUUAACACUUGAUGAGCCAUAUAACAAAGUUAAACUACGUACAUUA